AUGAGGUCGCUGGUCCUGAGCCGCUUCCUGGUGCUGCUGCCGUGGGUGCUGCUGGUGAUCCUCAUGCUGGACACGGAGGGAGGCGGCCGGGUGCCCCGUCCGGCGGCCCUGCUCGACCGGAAGCCCCAGGCGCACGAGGGGGCGGCCCGGCGGCCGGGGGCCGAGCCGCCGCCGGGACGGCAGGAGGCCGGGCCGCCGCCGCUGCCCAUCAUCUAUGCCAUCACGCCGACCUACAGCCGGCCGGUGCAGAAAGCGGAGCUCACGCGGCUGGCCAACACUUUCCGGCAGGUGGCGCGCCUGCACUGGAUCCUGGUGGAGGACUCGGCGGUGGGCACCGAGCUGGUCAGCCGCUUCGCGGCGGGACUCCGCCAGAGCGGCGGCCCGCCGUGCACCCACCUGCACGUGCUCACGCCGCGCAGGUACAAGCGGCAGGGCCAGCCCCGGGCCACGGAGCAGCGCAACGCGGGCCUGGCCUGGAUCCGCCAGCGGCACCAACACCUGCCGGCCCCGCAGCCCGGGGUGCUGUUCUUCGCGGACGACGACAACACCUACAGCCUGGAGCUCUUUCAGGAGAUGCGCACCACCCGCAAAGUGUCCGUAUGGCCCGUGGGACUGGUAGGCGGACGGCGCUACGAGCGUCCCAUUGUGGAAAAGGGCAAGGUGGUUGGCUGGUACACUGGCUGGAGGGCAGGGAGACCCUUUGCCAUUGACAUGGCAGGGUUUGCUGUAAGCCUUCAGGUGAUUUUAUCCAACCCUAAAGCGGUCUUCAGACGCCAUGGAUCUCAGCCUGGGAUGCAGGAAUCUGAUUUUUUGAGACAGAUUACCACAGUGGAAGAACUGGAGCCAAAAGCCAACAACUGCACAAAGGUUCUUGUAUGGCACACUAGAACAGAAAAGGUAAACCUAGCUAAUGAGCCAAAGUACCACCUGGACAGUGUAAAAAUUGAAGUAUGA